AUGCUCCACAGUAGCCUGGCCACAGAGGUAGUCACCAUGGUCGAGUUUGGGGAUUUGAUAAUAGCUGUGGGGGAGUUUGGCCUCUAUCAGAAACUGGUGGUGCUGUGGAUCUCCCUCCCAAUGUUUCUUAACAUUUUGCAAAUGGUUGGCCAAGAGUUCAUGGUUGUGGAUGUGACUCAUUACUGCAACACGGACUGGAUCCGUGCCGUCGGCCCCAACCUGACUGAGGAAGAGCAGCUGAACCUCACCCUGCCCCGGGAUGAUAAUGGGGACUACGAGCAGUGCAUGAUGUACAAACCUGUGGAGUGGGACCUCGAAACCAUCUUGGCAAACGGCCUGAAUGAAACGCAGAAGUGCAGCAAUGGCUGGGUGUACCCCACAGCACAGCAGCCAUCCCUGCUCACCGAGUUUGACCUUGUGUGUGACAGGAAGGACCUGAGUGACGUCUCCCAGUCUAUCUACAUGGUGGGGCUUCUCAUAGGAUCUAUCAUCUUUGGACCACUCAGUGACAGGAUCGGCCGCCGGCCAGUCCUUCUGAUCUCCAUUUAUGGCCACUGUUUGUUCAGUUUUGUAAUUGCCUUUUUGCCCAAUUUCACUCUAUACAUGGUCUUCAGAUGUAUCAUGGCGAUUGCAGCGUCAGGAAUUCUGAUUACUACCGUGGCCUUAGGUACAGAAUGGGUUGGUGUCUCCUAUCGACCAAUAGCAGUGGUUGUUUCUCAAUGCUGUUUUGCUGCUGCACUAAUGAUUUUGGCUGGCCUGAGUUACGGUAUUCGUAACUGGAGGUUGCUGCAAAUAGCAGGGUCUGCUCCUAUGUUUGCCCUUUUCUUCUACUACUGGGUGCUACCAGAGUCAGCUCGCUGGCUGGUGACAAAAGGCAAAAUAGAAGAAGCUAAGAAGUACCUUAAGAAGGCAGCAUCCAUCAACAAACGCACCAUUCCUCCAGAAAUGCUGGACCAGCUGAAGGGUGAGACCCAGACCAAGUCUGGAAGUAUUCUGGAUCUCCUUCGGAAUAAGCAACUCCUGAAGGUGACUUUAAUCAUAAUGUGUGCCUGGUUUAUGGAUAGUCUAGUCUACUAUGGACUGAGCCUUAAUGUGACAGGCUUUGGUCUCAACAUCUAUCUGACACAACUUGCUUUUGGAGCAGUGGAAUUACCCGGUCGUAUUAGCUGCAUUUACCUGCUACAGUGGUUUGGGAGGAAAAAAGUCCAAGCUGUUCUCCUGCUGUUGGCUGGCUUGAUGUGUCUCAUCACUGUCGGCAUCCCUGAAGACCAGGCCGUGGUAAUCACCGUCCUGGCAGUCAUCGGCAAGUUUGCUGCGUGUGCCUCCUUCUCCACCUCCUAUGUCUACGCUGCAGAGCUCUUCCCCACUGUCAUCAGACAGAGCGGCAUGGGGCUGUGCUCAAUGGCGGCACGCGUGGCAGGGAUCAUCGCCCCGCUGAUCCUCAUGCUGCAGGAUACCAACAGUGCCAUCCCCAUGGCUGUCUUUGGAGGCGCCAGCGUGCUGGGGGGGCUGCUCUGCUUCCUGCUGCCCGAGACCCGCGGGGCUGAACUGCCAGAUGACACGGUGAAAGAUAAGCAACAAAAGACAAGCGAAUUGUAGACCCUGUCAAGACAAACAGUGAAGCGAGUCCUCCCUGACGUGUUUCCAGUCCCUUGCAAACUGGUACCCGUGGAACCAUCCCUGUUGUGACUUACAGCAAUCAAGAACUGCCAGCAGAGCGGCAUUACUGGGCAGGCGAGCGCCGGGCUGCGUCCCUCCUGCACUGAGCGCUGGGGCCGUCAGCCUUGGUGGCGGUCCGAGCCUCCGUGUCUGAUCAGGAUGUCACCACAACCCUGUCACACGUACUUAGGUCUUCUUUCUAUGUGGAGUUGAAUUGGAAUUUCUACAGGAAUAACAUAAAUUAUACUGGGAGUUUGAUAAGAGAUGCUUGUAAUGCAAUACGUGAAGAAUAAAUGGUGUUGAUUUCUUCUUUUCUUUCCUACAGUUUCACAGUUGGCUUUUGUAAAUGCUGUUGGCUCUGGAGUGUUUUCUACACAGUAAUUGUAAGCCUGUAAUGUAACACACAGACGGAAACAUGUUUGGUUUCCCUCAGCCAGCAACAAUGCAGAAACAGAGUGUUGAAGCAGAACGAGUGGGUUCAAUUAGGACAUUUUUUAUUUCUGAGCCUUCUGAUGAACAAUCCAUGUUUAUAUAUUUUUCUUGAUGAGCAGCUGCAGAAGCUUCCUAAGUUGUGCUUGUACAUGUGAUUGAGUGUGAGUUAAGCUGAGUGGACAGAUGGACGCUUUACCCCCGUCAUGGUCAGCUGCUAAUGAAGACCCCAUUUGGCUACUGCCAGGUCAACCACAACCUUUAGUGGCAUCUGAUGUCCCACAAAGGAAGCAGGAGGGUGGCUUUUAGUCUUACUCUGCCUAGUUGCAGUCAGAGAUGAUCUUUAAGGUCCCUUCCAACCCAAGCCAUUCUGAGAGCUCAUGCCUUUUCAUUAAGCUGUCUCUCCCAGCACAGUGCUAGCCUUGCUCCCAGGAUCUUGUUGGCCACUCAGCAAAAUGCAUCCGAGCAUUUUGUUUCUGAGGGAUGAGGUGUUCCAAGGCGAGGCCAAGCAUGUUUGGAGGCUCACUAGAUCUCCCAAAAUUGCACAUUAAUUGACCCUUCAGCCACUCACAGUGUCCCUGGCAUUUGUUCAUCAUUACCAUCAGCACCUUCCCACAGUUGGCCCUCCCAUCAUGGUGUCAUAAACUCUUGCACCAAGGCCUUGCAUCUGCUGCUCCGACUUCAAAGAAUCAUGGAAUCACAGAAUGGCCUGGGUUGAAAGGGACCAACCCCCAGCAGUGUGCAGGGUCACCAACUACCAGACCAGGCUGCUCAGAGCCACAUCCAGCCUGGCCUUGAAUGCCUGCAGGGAUGGGGCAUCCACAACCUGCUUGGGCAACCUGCUCCACUGUGAUUUUUGUCCCUACCUCUCCCAGAGCCUUCCCACUCCCUCCGCUUGGAUAUGGGGUCAUCCUGUUUCCCUUACUUAGCCCUUCAGAUCACCUCAGGCACUUUUCACCUUUUGCCCAUGACCUCACUAUCAUGGGAGGCCACAACAUUCUACUAUACGGAUGCAAAAGUGUGCUGCAUUCGCAGAAGCUAUUCUAACUUGAGUUUGCUCUAUCGGCUCCAUUUGUUACUGUGCAGGACAACACAUAGACCAGCUAACAAUGACAUUGAACACAGCAAUACCAAUGGACAGUUUCCAAGUCCUGAUGAGCUGUGCAAAACAUGGUCAGUCCAACUGCUCAGGUGCUCCUCAGCCAAGAACGACACAUCCAGUGGUCUUCACACUAAGUGGGUGCAGUUUUCUGGGGAAAAGCAGACGAAAUGGAUCUGCAGCUUAUGAGAGGGACAAAGGAGAUGGACACAGAAGUACAUCAAGUGUGCCUGGACAGCUUUAUUUAUGAAGUGAACUGAAACAGUGUACAGGAACUGCUGAGUCACGGCCUGAACCUCUGAUGGAUCACCUGAGGCGAGCCAUGAGUCAUCCAGAGGAGCGCAGCUGAAGGCAAUUCACCUGUGCUGCCGGAAGGGGUGGAGCCUGGCUGCACCUCUCCUAGACCUAUUUAUGAGCUGGCUACCAGUGGGGCUGGAUCUCAUCUGGAGAUCUGCUCUCCUGGUAUUUUGGAAGUGAGUCUAGGAUAGUGCUAAGCUUUCUACAUUUUCUCUUUUUGUUGUCAUUGUCUGCUUUGCCAGUCUCUCUUGUUUAUUUCAUAGUUAUAACAUCUUAAUCUUCUUUGAUUAUGCACUUGGUGGGCCUGGCAGGCCUAUUAUAUUGUGACUUAUAUCAUGUUUUUUCUUUGAAAUUUCUAUUAAUGGUUCAACGGGGAAGAACAAUACUCCUCUAGAGGAAAUGAUUCCAGGGCUGAUUCCCAGAUUUGUGCGAUCUCCCUAUUAUGAUCCAGUGGUUAUCAUUGAAAAAUGGGGUUCCUUAUGUGUUAUGGGCAACAUCUCCCCAUGUCACAUGGCACAUCACUUUCAGGGACUUAGCGAGGAUGUACUGAUCACUAAAGAAAGAUAACUGGCUGCCUCCACAGUGGCAUGGCCACUAUUAAGUGCCUUAAAUCUUGCUGAAAUAAGAAAUAAUACUUUAGAGAAUGAAGAUAAACUUUUGAAGAUAAACAAUGACAAGACUCCUGAAUCAACAGACUUGGUUGAUCAGGAAUAUAAAAAAUCCAAUUUAGAUCUCGAAUAUCCUAUUUUGACAGAUCCACUAGAAGCCCGUCCUGUCGUAACUCAGGAAACAAAAAAAGUACAGGACAGACCAGCAGGGGUGCUGCCUAAUCAGUGGCACCUUGCCCACACUCAUUUGCACAUAACAGCCUGGCCAUGCAUGGCAACAGAAUUGAUAGAUUUAGUACAGCAGUUUUGGCAGAAGCCUAGAGAAAGUGUGCCAGCAUGGUUAUUAAGACUGUGGGAUUCUGGGGCAGAAAGGAUUUUGGUGAAUGGCCCUGAAAUAGCCAAGUUGGCCACCAUGACUGUCCAUCCUGCUCUCAGGCAGAGGUUAUAUGCAGGUAAUCAACAUCUUGAUGAAAGCCAUUCUGUAAUAGAAUGGUUAAUGGUGGCCUGCCAUAUGGUAUGGCUGAAUAAAUCCGAUAUACCUCUACAUACAGGGGUGUGGUCCUCCAUGGAGGACCUUCAGAAUUAUAUCUGUGAACUGGGCAUAAGGGAAGCUAUCUAUAAAGACACAUUUGAUGGCCCUGAUACGGUCAAAUUUCCAGCUGGGAUGUGAGACUUGAUUCUACAGCAAGCUCCCUCUCAUCUUUAUGGUGCCCUAGUCUCUAUAUUAAAUCCCCUGGUGGCCUCCAGCAGGCUGCCCAGGCAGUGGCUGACCUGGGAGAAGCAGAACGCCUGCAGACCAGGCGCAAUAUUCGGACAUUGGAGGAAGCGGAGGUCCUGCCAGUAAGUAAAACCAAAAUGACCACUACUCGAGCUCCUCAACUGGGACCCAUAAGGGUCUCCCGAAAACAGAUGUUUAAUGAUUGAAUUCAGGCUGGGUCCAAUUUGCUAAGAUUGACCGCCAGCCCAAUCAUGUCCUUCUCCAGCUCUGGAGACAACUAAAGGACAAUCAAAAAUUUCAGAACUACCCUAAGAAAUCAAGGGUAAGGGUUAUAAAAGAAUGCCAAUGACGACAUGGAACCUAGAAGAUUUCACUGUUCCUAAUAGGAAAAAAAAAAGCCACCUCAGGUGUCUUGGGCCACAAUGCCUGAGCCACCAGAAGGAAAAAAAUUGGCCCUAGCACAAUUCAUGGCAUGAUGAGGGAUGUUAGCCCCCCUAGGGCCUCCAGAUGGGACCAGAGGCCUUAUGUAGAAUUAACAAUUUAUUGGUCCCAAAAAAAUAUUUAGGAAGUUAUGGCAUUAGUGGACACUGGAGAAGAAACAUCAAUUGUCUACAGAGAUCCAACAAAAUUUGAUGUGGACAGAGUGAUGAUUGGUGGUUUUGGGGGACAGACUAUUCCUGUCACCCAAACAUGGUUAAAAUUGGGGGUUGGGUGUCUCUCACCCCAGGAGUACAAAGUGUCUAUUGCCCCAGUCCAAGAAUACGUCCUGGACAUAGAUAUUCUAUGGGGGCUGGCUCUCCAGACAACCAUGGGAGAGUUCAGACUUCGAUGAAGAUGUAUCAGUAUCCAGGUGGUGCAGGCAGUAUUAAGAGGCCAUGCAAAACAUGAGCCUGUUUGCCUGCUGAAACCAUGCAGGAUUACUAACAUAAGACAGUAUAGACUCCCGGGUGGGCAGGAUGAAAUAUCAAGAACGGUGCAGGAAUUAGAAAAAGUGGGCAUUAUAAGAUCUGCACACAGCCCAUAUAACUCCUCCAUAUGGCCAGUGCAAAAGUCGGAUGGCACAUGGAGAAUGACAGUGGAUUACAGAGAAUUAAAUAAGGUCACACUGCCUAUUCAUGCAGCUGUACCUAAUAUGUCCUCCCUAAUGGACACAUUAAGUAUCACAGAAUCACAGAAUUGUAGGGGUUGGAAGGGACCUCCAGAGAUCAUCGAGUCCAAUCCCCCUGCCAAAGCAGGCUCCCUACACCAGGUAGCACAGGUAGGCAUCCAGGCAGG